UUCGUGACAGCUUGCGUGCUGCCCGGCUGCAGGUGAAAGUUGAUGUAGCGAAUUGUAUGUGCAACCCCGCGUUUCGACGGUACGAAAUCAGACUGGGAUGGUAUCAUGGAGAGAGACAAUCAUCAAGACGGAGAGGCACAGGGAGUGAAUAUUUGUGAUCCACCCCGUGAGAAUAAUCCACCCGCUGACACCUUGGCGACGUCUCUCUCCCUCUUGGGGAAUCACAUGUUUCCUUAUCCGGUGGAGAGAAACGACACUACCGCCGUGAGCAAAGAGCAGCCUGCAGAUUCCAACCUGUCGGACGUGACGGAAGAGGAGAGGAGCGAGGAGGCGGAGCCCCGUUCUGAUCCGGUAACGGCGCCGGAGACCGAGGAGGCGGAAAACUGGCAGGGUGAGAACAACGCGUCUUCCCAGGCGGCUGACGACGGAGCCGAGGAUGCCGCCCCCGACAGCGACCGCGCCGACUCCGGGGAGUUUGUCGUCGCAAUGCUGGCUAAGGCCAAGCUGGAGGAGCAAGGAAUAGGUGUGACGGGAGGGUCAUCCCCCCUAUUGGAGGCCGGCAUCCCAGAAUCUCCUGCUUUCAUGUCCCAUCGCGACGAGGACGUGACGGCGGAAAGCUGGCGGCAGCACAGGAAGCAUGUUUUUGUGUUGAGCGAAGCAGGCAAACCCAUCUAUUCUCGAUAUGGCAGCGAAGAGGCCCUUUCAUCUACAAUGGGGGUCAUGAUGGCGCUGGUUUCCUUCGUUCAAAGUGGAGAUAACAUCAUCCGCUCAGUUUAUUCAGAUGGGCACACCGUGGUGUUCUUGCAGAAAGGGCCGCUGGUGCUGGUGUGCGUCUCUAGCAGCCGUCAGACUGAGCAGCAGCUCCGCGGAGAGCUCCUCUACGUGUACUACCAGAUCAUCAGCAUGCUCACCCAGGCCAGCAUCUCCCGCAUCUUUGAACACAAGAAAAACUACGACCUGAGGAGACUGCUGGCGGGGUCAGAGAAGAUCCUGGACGGUCUUCUCAACCUGGUGGAUUCUGACCCCAGCUUCCUGCUCGCAGCAGUUCACUGCUUGCCCUUAGCCUCCUCUCUCAGGGACUCUCUCAGCCAGAUCCUGCAGAAAGCAAUUACCCCCAACCUGGUUUUCUCCAUCCUCAUUGCAAAGAAACAGCUGCUCACCAUUGUCCAAGAAAAGACUGUCAUUGAGGACGCCAGGCUGGAGCCCGCCGACGUCCACCUCCUGCUCAACCUAAUCGGAGCUUCUUCUGCCUUUCAGGCUGGAGAGAUCUGGACUCCCAUCUGCCUCCCCCUCUUUAAUCCUGACUGCUACUUUUAUGCAUAUAUUUCUUACCUGGACCCUCCGGAAUGCACUGUUUGCUUGCUGCUGCUCUCGACAGACAAGGAGGCGUUCUACGCUGUAGCCGACUGCAAGAGGAGGAUCGAGGAGGCCAUGGUGGCCCAGAACUCCCUGAGCCUCAUCGCCGUAGUGCAGUCGUACAGCGUGAGCCAGGUGGGCGUCUCAGACCUCAGACACUUCAUGUACAAGCCCUUCGACGUGCCAGACAACUACCGCCAGCUAACUCAGUUCACCAGCCCAGAGAUGGAGGCCCCGUACAGCAGCGAGGAGGAAAAAAUGAGACUGCUGGACCUUUACCGCUACAUGCACAGCCGCAUCCACAGCACCUCAAGACCCCUCAAGCUCAUCUACCACGUCGCUGAGAGGGAAACUCUGCUGGCCUGGGUCACAAGUAAGUUCGAGCUGUACACCUGCUUCAGUCCUCUGGUGACAAAGGCCUGUGCUAUCACUGCUAUCACUAAGCUGCUACGGUGGAUUAAAAAGGAGGAGGACCGUCUGUUCAUCAGAUACCCCCCGAAGUAUUCAACCACCCCGAACCCCAGCAAGAGCUCUCGAGGCGGGAAAUCUGACCAGCAAGACUCCACAGAUAACGGCUUCUUAUCUCUUCUAUAGGACUCCCUCAGCGCGCCGCUCCGGUUUGUACACUGGGUUGCGAGAUAUUUUUGAAACCCCCUUUUUUGCUCUCGUCGGGCUCGACGAACAUUGACUACCGAAAUCUCGACAACACUACAAAGGUUUUACACUAUUUAAGACGGAAUGAACUCUAAACUCGUAUUAUUUCUUUACCUCAACUAGAAAUGUUACUGGAUCACGGCUUCCCCUCAGAAACGGGGUCAGAACAGCGUUACUUUGUAAGUUUUAAAUCAAAAUGUGGUAGAAAAUUAUUGCAAUCGAUAUUUAUGAAUUGAAAUGUUUUUAUAUUGUUUUAUUACUGUGACAAGAAGGAAAAUUUCCUCACGGACAGUGAAUGUAUCACACAGAUGUUUGCUCAUUCAUACGCUAUAACUAUUGGUGGCAGUAAGUUAGGAUGAGGAGUGAAAUUAAGUUAAACCACCUUUCUCAGACUAGUUCUUAGAUUAACUUCAUAGAACAAAAACACCCUGCUGUUACAAAACAGGAUAUGCAAGAUUUCUAUGUUUGUUGAGUUUCUGGGCUCCACGUAAACUGGAAUAACGACAACUGGAGCUGCCUGCACAGGGAUGGGCCCCGAUGAGUCACACGGGACUGUGAACUGGCCCCGAUGGACGCGGCGUCGCGUCCUGGCGGCGGAACUUGAAGACGUCGUGUCCCUUUCAUCUCUCACUGGUGUUUCUGUAUCAGAUUUAAAUGAUCAGGUUUUAUUUGGCGCAGAAGGCACCUGACGACUUCACAUGGUCGUCGUUGUUUAGUGUUUUCAUCUAGUCGAGCUCGGACGACGGUGCUGAGCUCACGCUGUGUUUUCCUGCGGGUACUGCUGGUGGGAUUAGUAGUCGACACUUGGUGUAGAGGCACAGGAGACGCUUCCUCUUGGAUUAUAGUUUUGUAAUGAACAUGAACGGUAGCCUCAUCCUCGUGUGCUCGUGGGAAAUUUCUGUCAAUUAAAGUCUUAAAGUAUGUCUAUAGUAUUAUGAAAAUAAAUCCCAGGUUGCACAAAUCCA